AUGAUUCCAGUAGACGAAAAGCAACUCCCGCAACAGCAACAGAAGCAAGACCAAAGGCAACAACAAGAUGAAGAGGAGCAACAACGAAACGAUACCCAUAACGUUAAAAAUAACAAUAACAAUAACGAUGGUGCAGAUCCAUCUGUUGCAACGGACGAUUCAACAGUCGUGCCUAUGUUUGAUACCAAAGCCGAAGCAGAGGAACGGGCAGCGAUGCAUCGUGGACGACUUUAUGAAAUGCUACGACGACAGCCACAUAACUGGUUCCCACUUUUCUCUUAUCUCAGCGCACUUGGGAUGGCCGUAGCACUCGUCGUCAGCUUUAUCCACAAUAGACAGCUGACAGGCAGUGUCAUUGAAAUUUCGCCAUUCAAUGUCAUGCUCGGUCCAUCGACUCAAGUUUUAGUCUAUGAAGGAGCACGUUAUUCACCAUGUAUGCGCAGUACGGACCUGACCAAUUUUGCUUGUCCCGAUACCAAAAGCGAUGGUGGCCUUUCGCCACCUUCCAUGAUUCUCAGUUUGGAAACGUCGGCAAAUGCCAACUGUGAUAUCCAAGAUGUAUGUGGCAUGGCGUCGUUUGGUGAUGGUGAUCCAAACCAGUGGUACCGUGUCAUUACCGCAACUUUUGUCCAUUCGGGUAUCUUGCAUUAUUUCUGUAAUAUGCUUGUACAUUUGGGACUAGGCCGAAGAGUCGAACGUAGAUUGAAUCCUUUACGGUAUGGUCUCGUGUGGUUGAUUUCCGGUAUAUUUGGAUUUGUUGCUAGCACUACAUUUUCUCCGGUAUCAAGUGCGUCCAUGGGUUGUUCGGGCUCUCUUUUUGGGAUCGCAGCAUUAUUAUUAAUUGAUCUAAUGCGAAGCUGGAGACUUAUUGCUGAUCCCGGCUGGCAACUAACCAAAUUAAUCACAUUAAUGGCACUCGCUCUUGUUUACGGAUACUUGCCUGGGCCAGACAAUUUUGCUCAUAUUGGUGGAUUUAUUUCAGGGCUGCUGGUCGGCCUUGUUGUAAUGCCCGCCACUAAGCCCAACUAUAGUAAAGCUCGUAUUAUCUUUAAAUGGAUCAUGCGAGUUGUCAUUGUGGUUCUAUUGGGCGUAGCAUCUUUUUUGUUGUUGAACACAUUUUACAAGGGCGAAAAACCAGAAGUGCUUUUUUCAUGGUGCAAGUAUCUAGCCUGUUUACCAAUAGGCGACAUGUGUAAUGUUUACAAUGUAUAA